UUCCAGAAAUUUCCAAAUGUGGCCGACGAUUUCAAAAUCAAAACUUGAUGGGAAAUUAUUGUUUCCAUUGGUUUUUGACCGGUUUCAAGCGAAUAUAAAUAUCGUCUAAGGAUUUGACUCAGUCGUUGGUCGCCGUCUCCGAUCAGCACAAUUUUUCACGCCAGAUUUUGAUAAAGAAAGAAAGAUGAUCAGAAGAAAAAUAUCGAAAUCGAUUUGGAAUUUGUCGGUCUGAGCAGGUAAACGUUUGGAUUUGGGUGACUCAUGGGUUAGAUUCUUUGGAGGUCCCUUUGAUGUCCUUGAGAUUGACUUUGACUUUAUGGCCAUUGUUAUGUUACAGCGAUUAGGAAAUUUGCAUUGGGAUUGAACGUUCAUCUUCGAUUGUGGUGUUCGACUUCCCUUUUCUCUAUUCUUUUGUGGUGUAGGGUGAAUUUUGGCUUUUGUAGUCAAAAGGCUAUGAGAUUGAGUACAUGGCUUUAAGAGAAAGGGAUCUCACAUUUGAUCUCGAAAAUGGGGGGAAGAUCGUUGAAGAGGAUGGAAGUGGGGAACCGAGUUCAACCAAAAGAGAUGUAAAGAAUAUUUGGAGUAGGUUGACAGAGGAUUCACUGCUAAAAGAUGAGCGAGCCAUAGCCUCAAACAGUAAUUUUGCUAAUACUGUUGCCGACAUCAUUGCUGAUGAGAGCUUAGGAUUGUUGAUAAAUAAGAACUUGGAAGGAGAAGAUGAUCAUGAAGUUUUUGCGCACAUGGAGAAAAGUAAUGCUAGAGGGAAGCAUAAGAAUAAGAAAAAGGCUCUGAAACCACCACGGCCUCCCAAAGGUCCUUCACUUGAUGCCGCUGACAGAAUGAUGGUGAAGGAACUUGCAGUGCUUGCCAUGAAGAAACGUGCAAGAGCUGAGCGAAUGAAAGCAUUGAAGAAGGCAAAAGCAGAGAAAACAUCUUCUUUCAAUAGUUGUAUACCUGCCUUGAUUAUCACAUUCCUCUUCUUCCUUGUCAUCAUCAUUCAAGGAAUAAGCCCCAGAAGCAGUUCGAUAUUGCAGGGGUCACCUGAACCUGCUGUUGGUGGUAGUAGUGGAUUCAUUUCCGUUCAGUACAUUAAAAGCUUUCCCCCAAGUGAAAGCGAUGUAUCCAAUCCCCCCUCGUUUAAUUCUGCUGCAUAGCUGGUUACUGGUUUUGUUCCUCUAGAAGGCAAAAGGGUGGCUGAUUUGAGGAGUUUUUUGGAAGUUGAAAUCCUAGGUGCCAGCUUGGUGGCUCGUAUGGCCUUGAUUUUUGAAUAGCUAUUUUAAUACGCAGUUGCGUUUGACUGUUUUUGUACAUAAAUACGAAGAACAUCGUUUUUUCUUUCUUUCUUUCGUGAUCAAAUGCUUUUUGUAUUUUAACUUUAUGUUAAUAAUUUAUACUGAAAAGUUCAUGGUGACGUUCUAGGAUGUCAGUAGCUAACCUUCUUAAAGGUUAAAUAGACAAUCCUGCUUGCUUCCAGGCUUUCUUUCGUUGAAUUGAAUUAUGAACUUUUUCCUUUUUGAUUUUGAUAACAAACCUGCAGAAUUAUGAUGAUAUGAUUGGCUGAUGCUUAACCCUCUGCACCUUUGAUUGGCCGCUGUUAAACGACAUCCAAUCUCUUCAAGAACAAACAGUUGCAGCAAUAUCAUUACAGAUACAUGUACAAAAGCAUCCCAUGUCGACCUCUUCAUUUCGAGUCUCGUUCACAUGAAAAGAAGAGUAUAGCUGAGAUCACCCUCAAAGAAACAUCAGCGAAUGGUAAAGAAAUCUUUGCUCGCAGUUUAAGGAAUGUCUACCUGCCUGCAAUGUGUUGAUUUGUAACCACUACCACGAUCUAAAGCUCAAUGCAACAUUUUUUUGUCGAAGGAGUACAAGAUUGUAAUGUCAUGGAUGUAGCUCGGGAGGUCGAGGCUUGCAACGGAGCCGUUCAGUAAAAGGUAUGGGGACAGCCAUUGACAUCACGGUACUCUGCUGUGAAAUGCUUUGCUCAAAUUUCUGCUUGUAUUGUUUCUAAAUUCUCAAAUGAUGAUCAUCUGUGGGUUGGAUGACAAAAUGGUAAUUGUCCAAUUCGGUUAAUUGAAUAUUGUGGUACACAAAGCAACACGCAACACACUAAAGUGAGUAGGAUUCUGAGCAUGUGUUUUGGAAUUUUCUCUGUCAUUGAAAAUUUGAACUAUUUUCUCAA